GGCUACGAGGCCUAGGAUUCGCCUCUCUCCAGGUUCUCCUUCGAUCUCCCCGCCCCCCUCGUUAACACAUGAGGAAUUCAUGCAAAGGAGGGAACUUGCGGAAAUAAAAACUUGGGAGGACUUGUGUUUAGAAUCCAGAAGGUAAAGGAAAUGUGAAUAAAUUCAAGCAGCAGGCCUGAUCCAAGUGAGAAAACUGUUACAAUGCCCAUGGUCACACGGAGGCUUAGAGAUCCUGACGUAAAUCCUUGCUUGUUGGAAUCUGAUGCUUCUACCAGAUGUAUGGAUGAAAAUAACUAUGACCGGGAAAAGUGUUCCAUUUACUUCUUGAAAUACAAACACUGUCGGAAAUUCUGGAAUUCUAUCAUGGUCCAGAGAAGACAGAAUGGAGUGAAGCCAUCUAUGCCUACAGCCGCAGAGAGAGACGAAAUCUUGGGAGCAAUGGGAAAGAUGCCCUAUUGAAGUUGCAUUAAAAUUGAUCAUGUAACUUAGAA